AUGGUCGGCCUCAGUCUGCACCUCGAAGCUGACGUCGCCAUUGAAGUAAACGGCAGAGAUGUGAUAGAGCUUGCGGACACCUUGGCAAACACGAGCCAUGACGCACCGUACAGUUGUUACCGGUUAAUCGAAGUCGAAGAACGGGGCGAAUUUUCUGUCAACAUCCGUCUCAGUGAUACUUUCCGCCGGCUCGUCGACCAUGCUGACCGUGGUAUCAUGAUAUUGAUCCAAAUGGACGGAUUGGAGGUUCUGCGCCGACUCGUUAGUCGAAAAGGUUUCAGCACUGCCAAGACGUCAGUCUCGCUGCCACUCAAUUACCAAGGGAUUGUGGAUUGGAGUGUGGGCGAGACUUCGCGGCUGCGAAAGUUUCAAUUCAAAGGCGUUGAAGACGGGGAAGGUCCUGCGACCGGCUUGAUCCGCGUGGAGUUCUUCCUAGUGAAGCUUCUUGGUCCUCCGGAGCAAGACGAACUGUCGGAUUACCUACCUAUGGAAGAGCUCUUCCGUGGCAUUAGCUUGUCCACUGGCGAGAGCUUCAGAUAUGUUACCACACCAGUACGGGUGAAAGCCGAGAAGGAAAAGGAUCUGAUGCACCUCGGUGACGCGCAAAUGCACCCAGAGCGCAUGGCAAUGCUUGCUACGAGAAGCGAGCAAUCCGAAGAUGAGGAUUUAAUGAAAUUCUCCUCCUCGCCGGUCCCGAAACCGACUUCGAAACCGCUAGGCCUGCCUCAUGACACGAGAAUGACCCUCCUCGAAGACGACAGUAACGAGCAGAUGCUUGACCAAGCGUAUGCUCCUCUCGAACCUCUGUCUAACAUACGAAAGAAGGUGGACGUACAGUCGAUAUAUCACGAUCUUGAGGACGAGGGUGUCUCGUUUCAGUCUACCGAUGUCAGUGACAUCGUGACCUCGCGAAAGAGAAGCGCCCACUCGGCGUUUGGGGACGAGUCUCCUCUCCAGCCGAGCAAGAUCAUGGCUUUAGAAUAUGAAGAACCUACUGAAGAUUCCCGCGCCCAGCAACAGGAGCCACGGUUCUAUACUCCGGCUGGUCCAUUGACUGGCCUCAAUGACGUCGAUUAA